GUAGGGGGCCGCCCCAGACGGAGGGGAGGGGGAGCAGGAAGAGGAAGAGACCCCGGUGGCGGCGGCGGCGGCGGCAGCGGCAGCGAAGAUGCUGGAGACCCUGAAAGAGAGGCUGCUGAGUGUGCAGCAGGAUUUCACCUCCGGGCUGAAGUCUUUAAGUGACAAGUCAAGAGAAGCAAAAGUUAAAAGCAAACAGAGGACUGUUCAGUCUUUGCCAAAGUUCUCUGCUGGACUCGAGCUGCUCAGCAGAUAUGAAGAUACAUGGGCUGCCCUUCAUAAAAGAGCAAAGGAAUGUGCCAGUGCUGGAGAGCGAGUGGAUACUGAAGUGGUGAUGCUUUCAGUACACUGGGAGAAAAAGAGGACAAGUUUAAUAGAGUUACAAGAACAGCUCCAGCAGAUUCCAGGGUUGUUAGCAGAUCUAGAAUCCGUGACUGCGAAUUUGAAUGAUAAGACCAAGGCCUUGGAAGUUAAACAAUUCUCCCCAGGUCCCAUAAAUAUUCAGUUAGAAGCUAAUUUUGAAGAGGUAGAAAACCAUUUACUGCAUUUGGAGGACUUAUGUGGGCAAUAUGAAUUAGAGAGAUACAAACAUCUACAGACACAACAACUGGAAAAUUACAAGAAAAAUAAAAGGAAGGAACUUGAAGCCUUCAAAGCUGAGCUAGAUGUAGAGCAUACUCAGAAGGUACUAGAUAUGGAACACAGCCAACAGCUGAAACUAAAAGAACGCCAGAAAUUCUUCGAAGAAGCCUUCCAGCAGGACAUGGAACAAUAUCUUUCCACAGGCUAUCUGCAGAUAGCCGAACGACGAGAGCCCAUAGGCAGCAUGUCAUCCAUGGAAGUCAAUGUAGACAUGCUGGAGCAGAUGGACCUGAUGGACAUGUCUGAUCAAGAGGCCCUUGAUGUCUUUUUGAACUCAGGAGAAGACAACUUGCUGUCUCCUGGAUUAGGGCCUGAUCCCAGUACCUGUCAGAAUGAAAUAAGCCUUGAGGUUCCCAGCCUUUCUGCAUCUCGAAGCAAACCGUCUUUCCUGUCCUCAGUCUGCACUGACUCUGCCACCCAGGAGAACAGUGAAAGUGGAGAGUCCCCGGUGGUUCAGUCGGAUGAGGAAGAAGUCCAAGUGGACACUGCUCUGGCUACUAUAAAGGCCAGCUCCGAUGUUAGUGAUGAAAGUGACUCUUAAAUUCCUGAAGCCUGGCCUUCAUUUUUUGACUACACAGUAUUUCAACGAAGACAGCUCAAGUUUUGACCAGAUAGUCUGCCUGAAGUCAUUUGUUUUAUGGGGAUACUAGUCUUUCGUAAAAUUGCCAAUAAUGAGUGGGAAUUGCCUAAAAGCACAGUUUUCUCUAACAAUAAAAUCUGAGAACUUUGAGCAUUAUUAAACUUUGUACAGCAAAUAAAUUCUGAAGCUCUUA